GUCUCAGGCCUGUCAGGAGGACCAUUGGCUGUGGUGGAAGAUAGCGUCUAAGUCUCGUGUAUGGCGUGGUUAAGGUUGCAGCCUCUCACCUCUGCCUUCCUCCAUUUUGGGCUGGUUACUUUUGUGCUCUUCCUGAAUGGUCUUCGGGCAGAGGCUGGAGGCUCAGGAGAUGUGUCCAGCACAGGGCCAAGCAAUGAGUCCUGUUCAGGUUCAUCGGACUGCAAGGAGGGUGUCAUCCUACCAAUCUGGUAUCCAGAGAACCCUUCCCUUGGUGACAAGAUUGCCAGGGUCAUUGUUUAUUUUGUGGCCCUGAUAUACAUGUUCCUUGGGGUAUCCAUCAUUGCUGACCGCUUUAUGGCAUCUAUUGAAGUCAUCACCUCUCAAGAGAGAGAAGUGACUAUCAAAAAGCCCAAUGGAGAGACCAGCACAACUACAAUUCGGGUCUGGAAUGAAACUGUCUCCAACCUGACCCUGAUGGCCUUGGGCUCCUCUGCUCCAGAGAUUCUCCUCUCGUUAAUUGAGGUGUGUGGACAUGGGUUCAUUGCCGGUGACCUGGGACCUUCUACCAUUGUAGGCAGUGCAGCCUUCAACAUGUUCAUCAUCAUUGGUAUCUGCGUCUAUGUGAUCCCUGAUGGAGAGACUCGAAAGAUCAAGCACCUACGAGUCUUCUUCGUCACUGCUGCUUGGAGUAUCUUUGCCUACAUCUGGCUCUAUAUGAUCCUGGCAGUCUUCUCUCCUGGUGUGGUCCAGGUUUGGGAAGGCCUCCUCACUCUCUUCUUCUUUCCAGUGUGUGUCCUUCUGGCCUGGCUGGCAGACAAACGACUGCUCUUCUACAAAUACAUGCACAAAAAGUACCGUACAGAUAAACACCGGGGAAUUAUCAUAGAGACAGAGGGUGACCACCCUAAGGGUAUUGAAAUGGAUGGGAAAAUGAUGAAUUCCCACUUCCUCGAUGGGAACCUUGUGCCUCUGGAAGGGAAGGAAGUGGAUGAGUCUCGCAGGGAGAUGAUCCGGAUCCUCAAGGACCUGAAACAAAAACACCCAGAGAAGGACCUAGAUCAGCUGGUGGAGAUGGCCAAUUACUAUGCUCUUUCCCACCAACAGAAGAGCCGCGCCUUUUACCGGAUCCAAGCCACCCGUAUGAUGACUGGUGCAGGUAAUAUCUUGAAGAAACAUGCAGCAGAACAAGCCAAGAAGACCUCCAGUAUGAGUGAGGUACACACUGAUGAGCCUGAGGACUUUAUCUCCAAGGUCUUCUUUGACCCAUGUUCUUACCAGUGUCUGGAGAACUGUGGGGCUGUACUCCUGACAGUGGUGAGGAAAGGUGGAGACAUGUCCAAGACCAUGUAUGUGGACUACAAAACAGAGGACGGUUCUGCCAACGCAGGGGCUGACUAUGAGUUCACAGAAGGCACUGUGGUUCUGAAACCAGGAGAGACUCAGAAGGAGUUCUCUGUGGGCAUCAUUGAUGAUGACAUUUUUGAGGAAGAUGAACACUUCUUUGUGAGGCUGAGUAAUGUCCGCAUAGAAGAGGAGCAGCCAGAGGAGGGGAUGCCUCCAACAAUACUCAACAGUGUUUCCUUGCCUCGGGCUGUCCUAGCCUCCCCUUGUGUGGCCACAGUGACUAUCUUAGAUGAUGACCAUGCAGGCAUCUUCACUUUUGAAUGUGAUACCAUUCAUGUCAGUGAAAGUAUUGGUAUUAUGGAGGUCAAGGUUCUGCGGACAUCUGGUGCCCGAGGCACAGUCAUCAUCCCCUUUAGGACAGUAGAAGGGACAGCCAAGGGUGGUGGUGAGGACUUUGAAGACACAUAUGGGGAGCUGGAAUUCAAGAAUGAUGAAACAGUGUAUGCAGGAUCAGCAGACACUACUGGACAGGUCCUGUUUCCAAAGUCUCCUUCAGUUUCUCACUUUAAGUCUCUGGGCAAGGAGUCCUGUGACAGGGUCUAAGGAUACAGAAUGUUUUUUCCAUUGAAACUCAAAAUGAUGGCUGGCUGGUUAGAGGCAUUGGAUGACAAAAGUUUUGUAAUAUCAAACUUUGGAGAAUUCUUGUGACCAAGUAAGAGCUAGGACACUAGUUGGGCUUCUCCUUCCUCCCUCUUACAUAUCAAGGACUGUUAGCUUUGAAGCUGACCCUUACCAUUCUGGAACACCAAUAGCCCAAUCAAAAUAUUCCCAAGAAAACAAGUGGUAUUGGCUUUCUGCCUGAUACCAUAUUGCAGCUGUAUUGUAUAGGCAGAUUUCAGGCACUUCUCUUUCAAUUUGGAAAUUGAAAAAUUGAUUGAAACUUGGCAGUCUCCUUGAAUUUCUAUAGGCUAUUUUAUGGAGCAAGGCUUGCCCAGCCUAGGUGAGACGAGUCAGUAUGGUUGGGUGCUGGCGGUUCACAGAGUCAUAGUCUCCUGUCUGUAGUCUCAGUUCUAAGUUCCAAAAUCUGGCUAUGUAGUGAAAGAGAAGCCAAUUAGGAAUGGUGGGAGAAAGUACAUCUUCCAUGAAGUCAUCUGUUUUUACAGACAAGGACUCACCUGAAGUCUUCUUUGGUUAUGACCUCAUUCCUUCAGAACCUGUAGAUAUUGUACUUCUAUCACCUCUGUUGCCUCUCCCCAUUGAACCUUCUUGUAAACUGGGCAUUCUGUCCUUUUCUCAGAUAAGUGGCUUUGAAAAAAAGAAAGCAGAAAUGCUUGCCCCAGAAUUUUCAUCUUGUCACAGAGUAGAAUUUCCAGGGUGGCCUAGAAGAAUGGAUGUAAGAAAGGGGAACUGACUUCCUGCUUCUCUCCAUGAGCAAAUAGCAGUAGCAGGACAUGCUAUAAAGAAUAAAAGAGGGGGUGUCAAACUGCUCCAAGAACCUGCUAAUUUUACUUUUAAUAGGAAAUGAAACCACAGUCCCAUGAGUGAGGUGUUGUAGAAGUGCUUCUUCUCAGAUCCAGCCAUGGUACAGAGUUCAAAAAAGGUUGGGUCCUUACUCAAUCCCUUCCUAAUAAUGUGACUUUGUGCAAGUCAUUUGGUAUCUCUGGAACUAAAAUCUCUCAUAUGCAAAGUGGGAAUAGCAAUACUUUUUUUUUGCCUGGAAGCAGGGUCAGAUCUUUUUGCAGUUCCUUCCAGCUCUAAGAUUUUCUGAACCAUGGAUGCAGGUCCUCAGUGUAAGUCAGAUUUGCACUAGCCAAAAACUGAACGGGGGAUAUUGUCUCCUGAAGUGGAAUAGCCGUUGACAAAUUGAUUUAUUAAAGCUCUGUUUAGUCAUUUUUGCUGGGAAGGAUAAUCAUUUGUUAGUGUAAGUAAAAACCUGUGCCUUCCAGAGAAUGCUAUCCAUUUAUAUAUACUCUGAGGAGAGUGUUCAUACAUACAAAUGAUGGCCAGUCCCUCAUUUGGGAAGAUGAACUUCAUGAAAUUUCACACAUUUAUGGCAACGUUGGUGUGUGUGGGAGUUUAUUACCAGGCAUUAAAUGACAUCAAAACCACAAAGUUUGACAUAAUUCAAUAGACAUGAUUCCUCUGAUUCAGUACCUAUCUAUCAAUGGCAUGGAAGGGUAAUGUUUGGGAGAUCAGAGACUUGGAUCUCAGUUUCUUCAUUCUAUUAUUAAUCAAUUAUGCAUGUAGAAUCUUUGAAUAUGACUAAAGCUUCCUCAAACUCAUUUGUGUUUUGUUUGUUUAAUAUCUUGGUGUGAAUGAACCUGUGAAUUAUUACUUCUGGGUGAUAUUUGCUCCAAAAGUAUGCUAGCCUCCGGAAUUUUGAGAUUCUUAUUCAGAUAAUCUAGGGUUUGAUGAACAAACAAGUGUUUCCAUCUAUUCCUUUGCAUUGUUUUUUGACUUCAGUAUGGUUGAUCCUUUUGGUCUUCUUUAUUGCAAAAAACUGAACCCAAAACAUGCUGGUCUAUCCUCACAUGACAGCUUUACCUAUGAGAUUUUAAACUGUAAAUUUACAACUAAAGGCAGAAUUAUAUAGUGGAAGAUCCAUGGGUUCUAAUUACUCUGGGUUAGAAUUUUAGCUGAACUACUGACUUAACCAUAUGGUUUGAAGAAACCUUGUAAAACUAUGAGAUCAUUUCCCCAUUAAUAAAAUGUGAAUAGUAUGUGUGUAGUGUUACCUGUACAUGGCAUGUACUCAGUAAAUAAGGCCUUAAUAGUAAUAUUGAUGAUUUAACAAUAUUCUCAGAAGAUACUGUUAAGGUGAUCAGGUUACUUAGAUCUCUUUGUGACCCUAAUUAAUGAGCAUGAUAGUUCUUUUGGUCACCAUGAAGAGUCCUCACCUAAACUCGUGAAAUAUUACAGCCUGAAAGGACUUUAGAAUAUGUUCUAGAGUAGUGCUUCUUAAAUGUUAAUGUGCUUAUCAAUCACUAGGAGAAUCUUACUGGACUAAUGUCCAGCUUAUAACUCAGAAGGUUUAGGGGGAAUUUGAGAUUCUGCACUUAUAUAACAAGAUUCAGGUACCAACUUAAGAGUAGAAAGGGUAUAAAGUUCUUACCCAAACCAUGAUACCCAGAAAAGAAAGCACCUUUUCAAAUGACUUGAUAAUUGAACCAUGAGUGCUUGCUUUCCAGUUAUACCUUUCAACUCCAAGUUAGAAAGAACCCAGCUCUACUGAGUCCCUGCUAAUUGCAAUACCCCAAUCUGGGAACUGCAAUUGAAACCUUCAGGGCACUUGGACAGAAGCUGUGUAAUACUUGGAACAAUCUCUCUUUCUAAUCCCUCUUUCUUUGUGAAGCUUUAUUUGCCCACCAAGCCUAGCAGUAUUGUAACUUUUUGCUUUGACUGUAGCCCUCUAAAUAUAACCAAGUUAUAGAAAGGAAUAUGGUUUACCAACGAUACUGGACACAUGCAUUCACUUGCUUGGUUUUAUGCUCUAUUUCUCGAUGGUGUCUUUAGGAGCAUGGUCAGAUGAAAGGUAUAGACUUUGGAAGCUGACAAAUAGCCGUGAAUCCAUAACUCGCCAUCUGUUUAACUUCACUUGUAUGAAUUCCAGUUUUUUGGAAUGACAGAAGCAAUAGUAUAUAUCUAUCUGCAAAUGAGUGAUACGUAGUAUAUACAAAUAUGAAAAAAUGUACCUUUAGCACAGUGCUUUCUCACAGAAGGUGCUCAGUCACUCAACAAACAUUUGUUAAAUAUUUGCUAUGUAUUACAUACAUUUCUAGGCAUAGGGGAUAAGACAAGCUGGCAUUUUAUCUAUCAAGGAUCCUACUCUCAGGAGAAGAGGAUCAAGGUAUACAAACAAAUCCCGACAUGUGGGAGAAGGGUAUGGUUGAGAUAGAUUCAUUAAAAGAGGAAUGAGAGCUCCCUACUAUAUACAUGACUCUACUGACAUGUCUAAAGUAACCUUCAUUAAAGAUGUAGUUGUGAUAGGGGUGGAGUGGGGUUGGUGCAUGAUUAACUUACAUCCAUAUUACAAUAAAUCCUUGACAUUUGCAAGGGAUACUAUUGACAUCUUCAUAAUUUAGAAGAAUUCCCACUUUUGUGACUAUCACUACAGUCCUUCAUGAGAAUUAUCGGCUGUGAGAUUACAGCAUACAGUAACAAAACCUAACAGAGAUAUGAGUUUAGCCUGCAUGCUAAUUUCACUCAUUAAACAAAUGACUGGCUCCUAGAUCCCAGGCUCACAGCACGCCUCUGCAAAAUAACAGAUUAUUGCAGCCCAUGGACCUUUGGGGUCUCUGGGAAUACUCAGCCACAGAUGUCAAAAAUGCAAAUGCCAGGAUCUACCAUAAUUAAAUAGCACAGUCCUCCUUCAAAGAACAGAAUAGUGGCUGUGCCGCAUGUGUCCCAACCAAAUACAAAUGUUAAAGCUUGAAGGUAUCUGACUGCCCAUCUUAUCAAUUAUGAAGCUCAGAUUCAGAGAGGGAAAGUGACUUGUCCAAUAUCAUGUACCUAGAUAUGACAGAAAGUUAGGCUUGGGAAGGAUUUGAGAAUACAGAUUUAAUGCCUCUGCCUUUCUGGUUUGGAUUUCUUUGUUUUAUUUUUACUCACUGGUAAAAUGUUAAAUUUAGGAAGAAUAUGGCAGUUCUUGGGUAAAAGAUACUCUAGAAGUACAAAUAGAGGUGUAUUAUGUGCCUAAUGUCUUAACUAAGAGUAAUUACUAUACACUAGUUUUAAUAUCUUGAUUCACCUUGAGCCUGUUUAGGAAGGGAGACAAUGAACCCAGAGAGUUUUUUUAAAGUCUUACUUUCUCUGGAUUCUUCUGGCUCUUAAGGUCAAAGUUUCCUCAUUCACUUACAAGAUGAAGGUAAGAGAUAUGGGAACAAAACAAGGUGGGAAAGUGAGGAGGGCUCUUCCGGGCAGUCCAGCCUUCCAUCAACUUCCUGAAUGUAUUUGGAUGGGACAUGAGCUCUCAUUCCUCUCCUUCCUUGCCUAUGGCCCCAUCAACACCAUGGGGAAAGUAACCGAGCUGUGGUCAUCAACUUAUUCAAGAUAUUUUCUCAUUAUUAUUGCUUUUUUAGUAGUGAAAAUUAUAGUGAAGUUUAUUAGGAAAGGAAUAUAGUACAACAGGAUAAAAGUGGGGAGAAAUGGGGAAAAGGGAGAAGCAUUUCCUGUCUCCAUGCAGUAAAUGGGAAUAAAGACUCCUUGUUUUUUAAAAGAGAAACGAAGCUAUGUUUCCAGAAUCCAGUCUGAAGUCUUGUCAUAAAGCUGGCAGACUAUAACUGAUAGUUAAAGAGAGAGAACUGCUUGAACUACAAAUAGAUCAAGGUCCCCAUAUGCAAAUUCUGUGCCUCCUAGAGACAUUUUGAAAGAAACACAUGCUUGAAGAUUUUGCUAAAUAAUAUGAAAGAAAGCACUAGAUACUUAGUCUCAGGUGGCAUGACAGUUAUCAUUCAUAGGAAUUCUAUUCUCACCCCAACCACCAACUAGACACAAGUAAGAAGUGACCCAUAAAUAGAAAAUAAUUUAAAAUUGAAAGUGGAAAUAGCUUAUUAUAGAAAAAUUUGGGGUUUUUUUCUGCAAACUUACUGAUCAUCAGAUAUCCGUAUAUUCAGCCAUUGAUUUGGCGCCAUUGUCUUUACCCUCUUUAACUAAGGGCCAGUGUGCAUGGGCACGGUUUGGCUAACCUGUCCCUGCCUGAGUACCACUCGGUUGCCAUUCAAUGGGUUCCUGAAGAACCACUUAUUUGUGAGCCAGACAACACUCUGUAGUGGGUUGGUACUUUCAAAAUAAGUGGCACUUGAAUAAUAACUUCCAAAUAUGGCAGAAUAGGGUUGCAGAAUUGAUUAUGAAUGACUACUACUGCCUUCUCUCCCUAGUACUCCAUUUUCCCCAGAUCUUUUAGUCUUGAUUUGUAAACUUUUUAAAUUUCUCCUCAUGUAUUCCACGUGACCUUCACAGAUCCUACUACCAUCUUCAACCUCCUUCUGGGUUGUGGUGGUGCAAGGGACACUCUACCACUAGCCAUGGCCCUGGCUGCACAUCGUCAUUUUUUUUUUCACUUUCUUCCUGGUGAUACCCACUUUCUGUUUUUAGGCUAUUUUCUUGCACUUGCUUGCUCUUCUAAACAUUGUCCACGUCAGCCUUUGUUCCUCCACUGUGCACAUGCCAGGUGCUGUAGAGCUUCUGUUGUGGUUCCUAGUCCUCCUUGCACUCAGCACCUUCCCACUCAAUGCCUUUAGCCACUCUACUCUCCUAAUCUGAUCCAGUUCCCAAUAUUCCCUUCCUUCUCACUGUUGGCAUCUCUACUUAAGUUGCCUUCUGUCCCCUCUGAUCUAUGAGUUCUUUGAGUGAGCAAAAAGGAGCUAGGAAAGUAUCCUUCAAGGAAGCCUGUCAUUUAGACAGCAAGAACUAGCUCCAAGGUACCACCAAGAUGGAUCUCUCCCAGGAAACAAACCACUCAUGAUGGUGCUCUCCUUUCCUUCACCAUAAAACAUUUGCCUGACUCUAUGUGGGGACAGGAAGAUUUAAUCACAAGGAUCCAGCAGAGACUGGAAUGAGUGUCAGAAAGCCAUCAGACAACUCUUAGGAUUGCCUUCUCUUUCUGAUAUGCUCCCUCCUGGGCCACAUAGUCUCCUGGCAUAUUUACUUCUCUCCAUGGUCUUCUUUAUUACUUAUAGCUUGCAGUGAUACCUUACAGACUAACAUACUCUCUUCAUAUAUGGUUCAGCCUCUUUACUCUGAUAGGCUCACUAGUAUUCUAGC